UGCUGGGGCUCAGCAGGCUUUUGCAGCCGCUUGGCUACGGCGUUUCAGUGCGGGGCGGGAGCUCAGGGAGCCGCGGCCCGGAUCCCGGAGCCGGGAGCCCGCUGCCCGCCGAGCUGCGGCGGCUAUAUCUGGGGCGAUCUCGGUUCUAGCGACGACACCGUGGCCAGCACUCAGAGGCUUCUGCGUCCUUUCAGUCCCAGGGAGGAGCGGGCCAGACACUUUUAUUUUGGAUGAAAGGCGUGAGUCCUGGCAGGAGCUUCUCUCCCGGCCUGGCUUGCGGUUCAGUGCACCCCAGCUCUGGCCCCGACUCCAAAAGACGACUUCAGUCUCUGUCGUGUAUCUUUCAGUGGUGACGCCUGUGGGAGGCAGGCGAAAGUAGUGGCACUUGCUGGCAACGCCAGGUGGGAAAGUGAGCCUAGGCGACGAGGAGUCGUGCUGUCGUCCCUGUGGCCCCCGGUGCCCACAGCGCCUUGCCUUUCCUUCCCCUCGGCUCCCCAUCGGCCGCAGCAUGAAGUGGCGCAGCGAUGGCCAGGAGAGGUAAGAAGCCGGUGGUGCGAACGCUGGAGGAUCUGACUCUUGACUCGGGUUAUGGUGGUGCGGCGGACUCUGUGCGCUCCUCCAACUUGUCUCUGUGCUGUUCUGACUCUCACCCGGCGUCCCCGUAUGGCGGGAGCUGCUGGCCGCCUCUAGCUGACUCCAUGCACAGCCGGCACAACAGCUUUGACACCGUCAACACUGCCCUGGUGGAAGACUCCGAGGGGCUGGACUGCGCCGGCCAGCACUGCUCGCGGCUGCUGCCGGACCUCGACGAGGUCCCCUGGACCCUCCAGGAACUGGAGUUGCUGCUGCUGCGCUCGCGGGAUCCCCGGGCAGGCCCAGCGGCCCCCGGCAGUCUGCCCAAGGACGCACUGGCCAAGUUCUCGAUGCUGGUAAGCAGGGCUCUGGUGCGCAUCGCCAAAGAGGCACAGCGCCUGAGCCUGCGCUUCGCCAAGUGCACUAAGUAUGAGAUCCAGAGCGCCAUGGAGAUUGUGCUGUCCUGGGGCCUGGCGGCGCACUGCACUGCUGCCGCGCUGGCCGCGCUGUCCCUCUACAACAUGAGCAGCACAGGCGGCGACCGCUUAGGCCGUGGCAAGUCGGCGCGCUGCGGCCUCACCUUCUCCGUGGGCCGCGUGUACCGCUGGAUGGUGGACAGCCGCGUGGCGCUGCGCAUCCAUGAGCAUGCGGCCAUCUACCUGACGGCCUGUAUGGAGAGCCUCUUCCGGGACAUCUACACGCGGGUGUUGGCCUCCGGGCUACCCCGUAGCUGUAGCGGCCCCUGCACUGGCUCCAGCUCGGGUUCUGGCCCAGGCCCCGGCUCAGGCCCGGGUGCUGCCCCUGCCGCGGAUAAGGAGCGCGAGACGCCUGGAGGGGGAGCGGCGAGCGGUGGCCCUUGCAGCGCAGCUAGCAGCGCCAGCGGGGGCAGUAGCUGUUGCGCCCCGCCAGCUACGGCUGCGGCCGUAGUCCCACCGGCCACAGCCACGGCCCCCGUCGCGGCUGCCGCCGCCGCCAACCAUCACCACCACCACCAUACGCUUCACGAAGCGCCCAAAUUCACCGUAGAGACCCUGGAGCACACGGUCAACAACGACUCGGAAAUCUGGGGGCUGCUGCAGCCCUACCAGCACCUCAUCUGUGGGAAGAACGCCAGCGGUGUGCUGAGCUUACCAGAGAGCCUGAACCUGCACCGAGACCCACAGCGGCCCAGCAAGCCAGGAGAGCUACCCAUGUUCAGCCAGUCGGAGCUGAGGACCAUUGAACAGUCCCUGCUGGCCACACGUGUGGGCAGCAUCGCUGAGCUCAGUGACCUGGUGUCCCGGGCGAUGCACCACCUGCAGCCCCUCAAUGCAAAGCACCACGGCAAUGGCACUCCCCUGCACCACAAGCAGGGGGCGCUCUACUGGGAGCCGGAGGCCCUGUACACACUUUGCUACUUCAUGCACUGCCCGCAAAUGGAAUGGGAAAACCCCAACGUGGAACCGUCCAAGGUCAACCUCCAGGUGGAAAGGCCCUUCCUCGUGCUGCCCCCUCUGAUGGAGUGGAUCCGAGUGGCGGUGGCGCAUGCCGGCCACCGCCGCAGCUUUUCUAUGGACAGCGACGAUGUCCGCCAAGCGGCCCGGCUGCUGUUGCCAGGUGUGGACUGCGAGCCGCGCCAGCUCAAGGCGGACGACUGUUUUUGUGCUUCUCGGAAGCUGGAUGCUGUGGCCAUUGAAGCCAAGUUCAAGCAGGACUUGGGCUUCCGGAUGCUCAACUGUGGACGGACCGACCUGGUGAAGCAGGCGGUGUCUCUGCUGGGGCCCGACGGAAUCAACACCAUGAGCGAACAGGGCAUGACCCCCCUGAUGUACGCCUGUGUCCGCGGGGACGAGGCGAUGGUGCAGAUGCUGCUGGAUGCCGGAGCUGACCUGAACGUGGAGGUUGUCAGUACUCCUCAUAAAUAUCCAUCCGUCCACCCCGAGACCCGCCAUUGGACGGCUCUGACUUUUGCUGUGUUGCAUGGACAUAUUCCUGUAGUUCAGCUCCUCCUGGAUGCGGGGGCCAAGGUGGAAGGCUCGGUGGAGCACGGAGAGGAGAAUUACUCAGAAACUCCCCUACAACUUGCAGCUGCUGUUGGGAAUUUUGAGCUGGUUAGUUUGCUGUUGGAGCGUGGUGCGGACCCCCUGAUAGGAACCAUGUACAGGAAUGGAAUUUCUACCACCCCCCAGGGUGACAUGAACUCUUUCAGCCAGGCCGCAGCCCAUGGACACAGGAAUGUGUUCCGCAAGCUGCUCGCUCAGCCAGAGAAGGAGAAGAACGAUAUCCUGUCCCUGGAGGAGAUUCUGGCUGAGGGGACUGACCUGCCAGAAACAGCCCCGCCCCCCUUGUGUGCCAGCCGCAACAGCAAGGCCAAACUGAGGGCCCUGAGGGAGGCCAUGUAUCACAGCGCUGAGCAUGGCUACGUGGAUGUGACAAUUGAUAUCAGAAGUAUAGGUGUCCCAUGGACUUUGCACACGUGGCUGGAGUCACUGCGGGUCGCCUUCCAGCAGCACCGCCGGCCUCUCAUUCAGUGUUUGCUCAAGGAGUUCAAGACCAUUCAAGAGGAGGAGUACACAGAGGAGCUUGUCACCCAAGGCCUGCCCCUGAUGUUUGAAAUCUUAAAAGCAAGCAAGAAUGAAGUCAUCAGCCAGCAACUGUGCGUCAUCUUCACACACUGCUAUGGUCCCUACCCCAUUCCCAAGCUGACGGAGAUCAAGAGGAAGCAGACCUCACGCCUGGAUCCUCAUUUUCUUAACAACAAAGAAAUGUCUGACGUGACCUUCCUGGUAGAGGGAAGACCCUUCUAUGCUCACAAAGUGCUGUUGUUCACGGCUUCUCCCAGGUUCAAGGCCCUCCUCUCCAGCAAGCCAACAAACGACAGCACCUGCAUAGAGAUCGGCUACGUGAAGUACCCCAUCUUCCAGCUGGUCAUGCAGUAUCUCUACUACGGUGGCCCAGAGUCACUUCUCAUUAAAAACAAUGAGAUCAUGGAGCUUCUGUCUGCGGCUAAAUUUUUCCAGCUGGAGGCUCUGCAGCGACACUGUGAGAUUAUCUGUGCGAAAAGCAUCAAUACCGACAACUGCGUGGAUAUAUACAGCCACGCCAAGUUCCUUGGGGUCACAGAGCUCUCGGCAUACUGCGAAGGCUACUUUCUUAAAAACAUGAUGGUCCUCAUCGAAAAUGAAGCGUUCAAGCAGCUCCUGUACGACAAGAACGGCGAAGGGACGGGCCAGGAUGUGCUUCAGGACUUACAGAGGACGUUGGCCAUUAGGAUUCAGUCCAUUCACCUAUCCUCCUCCAAGGGUUCCGUGGUGUGAAAUGCCUCCGUGUGGCAAAUGCGGUUCCGUGGUGUGAGAUGCCUCCGUGUGGCAAAUGCGGUUCCGUGGUGUGAGAUGCCUCCGUGUGGCAAGUGCUUCCCCGGAGCACGAUUUCUGGUUCCCUCCUGCACUGGCUCCACAAAACACACAUACACAAAAACUGUCCCUGGCGUCUCUUUCUGCUGGGCCAAGGAGCUGCCUCCACUGCCUCAGCCUCUCUCCAGUCAGUGAUCUUGGCGUCUGUGUGCUCCUGAGUGAAGAACCUUCCGUGAGUCUGCAGGUUAGAUUGUAGCUACGUCCAGAACCUGCAAGCCAAUGUAGCAGCCAAGCCACCUCCAAUGGAAAAUGCCCAGGAGCCAUGGACACCUUCUGCUGAGGACCACAGUCUAACAGAUGGACCAAGGCUGAAAAGGCCCUCUGCUUCCUGGUUGACCUUGAAGAGCAUCACGUGACAGACGAAUGACUUUGGAGGCUGUUCUUGCUCAGGCAACAGUCAUAGUGGCUAGUUAUAGACACUGUUGCUCAGCAUGAGGAAAUCACAAGGCCAAUUUUUAGGGGCGGGAACUUUUUAAAAAACGUUCGUGUGUAGCAAACACAGAGCAGUCUCGUAGUUUCAAAUAUAUUUCUAAAAGCUUAAUGGUUCAUUUUCAACUGAGUUGUGUUUAGGGGUUCAUUUUUUUUUUUUUUAGACAGUAAGUUGCAGGUCCGUGCCAUGUAAACUUGCAUCCGACAAAUUCCUGCUGAUAUUAUCUAUAUGAGGUCACAUACUCCUGCCUUAGUGAUUCGAUCAUGGUUACACAAAAGAGGUGCACUGCCAACUGCCAACUGUCUCUAAUUAUCUCAAAUCCCAUAGUUGACAAUACUCUGCAUGCUGACCGUGGACUUAGGAUGAGACUGAGACACCCCCAUAUAACAAAACAUGCAUUUGCAUGGGACCCGAACCUAUAAGGCAUCAUGCCGUGCUUCGUCUCCUUUUGCCAAAGUUAGAUAAUGUUUCCCGACUUCCUGCUAAAAGCCCAUUUGGUGAAACAAACAUAUUCGUUUCUUUUCUGAUUAUGAAUGGUUCUGGGGAUGCUUUUACAGAAAUAUGUUCAUUUCUGAUACCGAAUAGGGGCGGGGGAGCACGUCAGAGAAUUUGCUAUUAAUCUCAGAGCUUUAUCUGUAUUCUCAGAAGAUGUUCAUAGUUUGUUACUAGCCAGAGAGUAUGACUAUGUUAGAUUAUUUUUAAAGAUGAAAAGUGUAUGAUAGAUAGGCUCACCACUUUCUGCAUUCUGAGAGUGUACAGUCUACAAUUAUCUAUGAUGAAAAUUUAUAUUGACAGGGUUAUGUUUGCUCUGCCUAUAAUAUAUAUAUAUACAUAUGUGUGUUUGUAUAUAUAUAUACAUAUAUAUAUAUAUGCAAAAGAGAUUGGUGAAGUGCCACAAUACUCCAAAUAGUUCUUGAGUUGCAGCCUUUUUGCUUCUCGUUCCUUAUUUUGAAUCCUAGAUACAUCACGGUUAAAAACUGGGAGGGUGGUUUUUAAUCUCUUAGGAUGGCAAAGUUUUGUUGAUAAACCUAUUUCCUAGCAUGCUUUAUGGAAGUUGCGCCAAACCCUAGAGUCUAAAGGAACUUGUAUCUUUCACCUGUUGUCCUACUUGCUCAAUGCCUGUCAAGGACCCACACUGAGUCUUGUUCCACGGGUGUGGCAUGCACGGUAUCCAGUCCGAGUCCGUCUGAAGUAUCACCCCUUUGUGGUCCAAGUCCUUGAGGCCUCUCUUCCAUGUAGUCAUUGUGAACCAUCCCUACCAUCAAAUGAAAAAGGGAACCGCUGCUUGAGGUGACAACCAGGUCACAUACAGGGUGGCAUACGGUCACUUGUCUUUAGGGAUGCUGCUCCCUAGCCUAGCUGGUUUCUCUGUGAAGGUCUACUGCUCUCUGGACCUCCGUGUGAUCUGUACAUUGGUAACUCCUGCCCAGGCUUCUGUUACAAUUUGGUGUGCUUUCUCUGUCAUUAAAAAAAUUUAUUUCCCACAGUCUGCAUCCUCUGUG